AUGGUGUACCACUCUAGUUUUGUUGACGAUGAAGAAAUUACUAAAGCAUGUGGCUGUCCUCUACUUCCCUUGAAAAGCCACAUAAAAGGACCAGCUCCAGUUUCAGAACAAGAAAGCACGGACAUUGUGGAUGAAGCAAUCACAUUCUUUCGAGCCAACGUGUUCUUUAGAAACUUUGACAUCAAGAGUUCAGCUGACAAGCUUCUUAUCUACUUAACAUUUUAUAUAAAUAUUGCUUUAAAGAGGCUUGAAGGCUGCAGAACCUUAGCUGAAGGAACCAAAGCAAUUAUUAAUCUAGGGUUAGAAAAGGUGCCCGUACCUGGAGAGCAUGGAUUCCCUUUUCCGGGACUGUUUGCCAAUCCGCAAUCUCAACAAGAAGCAGAGCUCUUUAGAAAUUACUUGAAACAGAUUCGUGAGGAAACCAGUGGAAGAUUAUUGAGCGUGACAUAUCGAUCUAAUGGAACUCCAAACAAAUGGUGGCUUGCAUUUGCAAAGAGGAAAUUUAUGAACAUCAUUAUACCUUGA